CGUUGUAGCUCAAGAAACACAACGCUUUGUUCUUUCUCUGUUAUAUUUUGGAUUUAACAUUUAAAAAUCGAUAUACUCUUUUAUUUGAAUAUUCAUUGACAUUAAUAUCUAACAAUCUCAUAUAUCUUCAUCGUUCUUCGUUAUGUCCGGAAAUCACAAAGCGGGAAUUAAAUAUCCUUCGGAAUACGUCAAACUCAAUAUCGGCGGUUCCUUGCACUACACUACCUUAGGCACACUUCAAAAACAUGACACUAUGUUACGUGCUAUGUUUAGCGGCCGCAUGGAAAUUCUCACAGAUCCCGAAGGGUGGAUAUUAAUAGACAGAUGUGGAAAACAUUUUGGAACAAUCUUAAAUUUCUUAAGAGAUGGUUCAGUCCCAUUGCCAGAAAGUACAAAAGAGAUGGCAGAAUUGCUUGCGGAAGCAAAGUAUUAUUGUAUCACUGAACUAGCUGAAUCUUGUGAACAAGCACUUCUUCGAAAGGAAAGAGAAGCAGAACCUAUUUGUAGAAUUCCACUUAUAACUUCUCAAAAAGAAGAACAAUUAUUAAUUAGUAGUACUACUAAGCCAGUAGUAAAACUACUUGUUAAUAGGCACAAUAACAAAUAUUCAUAUACAAGUACAUCAGAUGACAAUCUAUUAAAAAACAUAGAAUUGUUCGACAAAAUGUCCCUUAGAUUUGGUCGUAGAGUACUAUUUAUUAAAGAUGUAAUUGGCUCCAGUGAAAUUUGUUGUUGGACAUUUUAUGGUCAUGGCCGUAAAGUUGCUGAAGUUUGUUGCCACUCUAUUGUAUAUGCAACUGACAAGAAGCACACAAAGGUUGAGUUUCCAGAGGCAAGAAUUUAUGAAGAAACAUUAAAUAUUUUAUUAUAUGAACAUCGAAAUGGUCCUGACCAAGAAUUAAUGCAAGCAACAUCGUCGCGUGGUGCAGUUAGUGGUGCACCACCUUGCACAUCAGAUGAAGAAGAGGGUGAACGUUCAGGUUUGGCUCGCCUACGUUCCAACAAACAAAACACCAACUGACCCAACCUUGCCCAUCUUACCCCUCCUAAUUCAGCAAUUUUCGCCCUUAAGACGCGAGCCAAUAUAAAG